UCAAACGAAGGAAUUCAACUGGUGUCGAGCAGUGAGCAUGCACAUCGCGUGCAACAGCAUCAAUUGGGGUUGGGGAGGCUUUGCAAUUUUGCGUCUCACUUCAUCUAUUCCAUCACUGCUUCGAAAUUGAUAUAAAGUUUAGAAAAAGCGUGCACGACAGCGCAGUUACUCCACUGCAUGGACUGUAAUAGUCGAUCAUGGCAAAUGGGCUUUCUCAUGGAGUGUAUGGACAACGAAGAAUUCGUGCGUAAGUAGCUAACUUCUGCUAGGCUGUAUUGUGCAUACCCUCAGGUUUCCAUCAACGUCGAGAGCUCCUCUACUUGAUAGUAUGUACAGCAUGAACAAUGUGCGUCAGUGAAUGGAGACAUUUAGGCCUAUAAUGGACAAACACUCGCUAUUUUUCGUAAAAGUAUAGUGACGAAUCCCACGACUUGUAUGGGGAGCUUAGCACUGCUGAAAGCAUUGGGAAACGUUUGGAUUUUGUCAAAUACAAAACGCGUCGCCAUUUGAGGGUUGCCGCUGAACCGUUAGGUGUGUGCCACAAUGAGUUUAGUCGGUGGAUUCCCUCACCACCCGGUGAUGCAUCACGAUGGCUACUCCUUUGCUGCUGCGGCAGCGGCCAGUCGCUGUCAUGAAGAAAACCCCUACUUUCAUGGCUGGCUUAUCAGUCACCCGGAGAUGUCGCCGUCUGACUACAGUAUGGCACCUUCGUAUAGCCCAGAGUACACUACCGGGCCGCCCGGGUUGGACCACUCUCACUACGGAAGUGUCCCCGGCGCUGGCUCCGUCGGAAUGGGACCCAGGCCAGUGAAACGGAGACCCACGGCGAACCGCAAGGAGAGACGCAGGACUCAGAGCAUCAACAGUGCUUUUGCAGAACUCAGGGAAUGUAUUCCCAAUGUACCCGCGGAUACGAAGCUCUCAAAAAUCAAGACGCUCCGCUUGGCUACGAGCUAUAUUGCCUACCUCAUGGAUAUUCUGGAUAAAGACGAGCAAAACGGAGAGGCAGAGGCCUUCAAAGCGGAAUUCAAAAAGACAGACGCCAAAGAAGAGAGGCGAAAGAAAGAAAUGAGUGAAAUUCUGAAAAGUUCAGGGAGCAGCAAUGACAAGAAAACCAAAGGACGAACUGGCUGGCCGCAGCACGUCUGGGCUUUGGAACUGAAACAGUGAAAAACUACCCAUGUCGCAGAGACUUGAAGUGGUGUCCUUUAGACUUAAUUUGUACUCUCACUUUAUUUAACGGAAUAUUUAUGUGCAAUUGCCCGCAACGAAGAGUGGAUAUUUGAAGAAAACCAUUCCAUAAUAAAAAAGAAGGCGACCCCCUGGGUAAGGGACAGUGUUGUCCAAUUUGUGGUAAAUGUUUCCUUGUCCAUGUGUGAUUCAACCAGAAGUGUUUACCACUAAGGUGUUUGUGAAGUGAAGUGUAGAUCUCUCUCUCUCUCUCUCUCUCUCUCUCUCUCUCUCUCUCUCUCUCUCUCUCUCUCUCUCUCUCUCUCUCUCUGGAUAUAAAUAAUAUGUUUAUCUGAUGUCGUGAUGCAUUUCAACUGAAAAUGUCAUGAAGUGUUAAAAAUGUCAAUUUGUGGUCGUAUAGUAUUUGGUGGUGUUUUAAACAGCUGUUGACUCCACUGAAAUGCACUUCCGUCCAGAGACAUGGAUCUUAAUAAUACUGCAGAUGUAAACAAUGUAAUUAAUUCAAUAAACCACUGUGUUUUCAAACA